AUGACCAACGAGACGUCAACAACCCCAUCUGAGCCUCAGCCGACUGAAGCUGACCCCGCGAAUCCUUACUAUGGGAUGCAUGGUCAUUACUGGAAGUCAAGCAGAGACGUGCCGCCCACCAGAUGGCUUCAGGAGAAUAAGAAGCUCUGCGCUUGUGAUAACCAUCAGGCAACUCAAUGGCCGAUGGAACACGCAGUCAUUACGAUUCCUCCCUGCGCCUACAAGUGUCCCUACUGCCCAAAGUUUGAUGACCUCGAUAACACGGCCUCUCAGGUGGUGAAGCUCCGGGCUCAUAUUAAACGUGACCAUUUGGUGAGACUAUCUGUCAUCUGUGGAUGA